AAACAGAUCAUCUAAAAUGAAAUUCUUUAUCUUGACCUUGGCCGUGGUUGGCUGUGUGGCCGCCGAAUCUGGCUACAACUACAAUGCUCCCCGCCAGGUAGCCGCCUCUGCCCCGGCUCCUGUUUUCCAGCAAGCUGCCUCUGCUCCGGCUCCAGUGAGGACCUACGUGCCCCCAGCUCCAGCUGCCUCUGCCCCAGUGCAGUCGUUUGCCCCUGCCCCAGCUCCAGUAGCUGCUCCUGCUCCCGUUUUCCAGCAGGCCGCCUCUGCACCCGCACCAGCCCGCACAUACGUGCCUCCCGCUCCCCAUGUCCACCACCAUGCCGCCGCCUCAGCUCCAGCUCCCGUUCAGUCCUUUGCUCCUGCUCCAGCUCCCGCCCCCGCCCCCGUGCAGUCCUUCGCCUCUGCUCCAGCUCCUGCUUUCGAGUCCUCCGGACCGGUGUUCGAGGCCGCAGCUUCCGCCCCCUCUGCCGCCCGCUCCGGAUACGAUUAUAGCCAGCCCGCCGCCAGCCAGCAGGGAUACAAGUACAAGACCGUCCGUCGCCGUGUGUUCAAGCACCGCGCUUAAACGAUGAUGAUGAUACGAUAAAAUGCGACAAUAAAAAACUCGAAUAUUAAAUUU